AUGGAACCUCUGCCAACGGGGCAGGGGCGCAAAUCGCCGCCGGUCUCCGCCGCACCUCCGCGGAAAAGACGGAAGAGAACAGUCAUCAGCCAGGCAGCCGAUGACUGUUUUACCUGUGCUCGACAGGCAAGUCAAUGCGAUCGGAGACGACCAUACUGCUCCCAAUGCUUGGACAAUGGCCGCGAUUGUGCCGGCUAUAAGACCACUUUGACGUGGGGAGUCGGGGUGGCCAGUCGGGGAAAGCUUCGAGGACUAUCCCUGCCUGUGACUGGGGCUCAGCCAGCUGCAGCCUCAUCGCAGCCUCGUGCGACAGCCGCGUCGAGGGUAUCCCAGUCGACAGACUCCAGGGCAUCGGAGUUGCCUGCGCAUACAAGACCACUCUCUACGUUAGACUCGUCGGAGGUCGGUCGCACACCUUCUAACCCGAGGAUACGUCCUAGGCCAGACUUACCUGCGAAUCAGUUGCCACCGCAUUCGAGUCCGGUGUCAUCUGUUAACCAAACCACUUCCAAUCGUUCGCUACCUCGUUCAGAAUCACUACCCGUGUCAUCCUGCCAUCACGCGACGACUUCUCCUUCGUUGGCUCCUUCGAGAUGGGCAAUGCCGAUAUGGCCAGCCUCAAUACAGACUUCAAUACCAAUUGCAAAAGCCAGGGAUGAUCCGGGUGUCGAAGAAGAAGCCGUACCGCGGUCAGAGCAGAGUGGUCAGGACAGGACUCCUUGGGUCGUUGAAUGUCAUGCGCCAUCCUUAUCUCAGCAGCUACUAGCGCGCUCAAUCGGACGAACACCGCGCCUGCGAUUCCUGAUUAGCUAUUAUGCUGAAGUGAUUGCGCCAAUGAUCGUUGCUUUUGAUGGGCCGACCAAUCCAUUCCGCACGUACGUUCUGCGAUUAGCGCAAGAAAGCGCAUCGCUCCAAGAAGCCAUAGCAACUCUGUCUCUUUGCAAUAUGCGCCAGAGACGAGAACGGGGCACAAGGUCUACCGAGCGUACCCUGCCCGCACGAAUGUCAUCAUUGGCUCACCAGGCUUUGACGGAGGCGUCCUUGAGCACCCAGGCUGGUAUUGACGCACCCAAAGUCUCGGCGCGCGAGGAGCAUCUUCACAGAAGUAUGGCGGUCAAGGCGUUGAAUGGAGAAUUGGCCGAUCCGCGACAACGGCUAUCGGACUCGGUGCUUGCGACUUUACUCGUCUUAUGCCUCUUCCAUGGGUGUGACACGGGGGUCGCGCAAUUCAAAACCCAAUUCGCUGGUGUGACCAAGUUGCUGGCCAUUCGGCUGUGCAACGGCGCCGCCCAUGUGACCGAAGAACUGAAAUGGUUUAUUCGCAUGUUCACCUGGCUCGACACUAUGACAGCCACUACGAACGACCGGGACAUCCAACUUCGCGGCGCUUGUUUGGACAUAACUGCAAUUUCGGAUGGCGAAUGGGGGCUUGAAAAUCUGGCUGGAUGUAAUGCCAGCCUGUUCAAACUCAUUGCGCAGCUUGGUCGCCUGAAUCUCCUCAGUCGAAGCCGAGAUACGCAGACCUCGGCAUCUCCUGAUGUCCAUGCCCCCUCAACCACCGUUCCUCCCCAUAUCGCGUACAGCUCCAUGGGUACACCGGGUAUGCCUUCCGAGUCGUUUACGAGAUUCAUACCUCCUCAGGAGGGAGACUCUGGCUCAACUCCGACUUCUCCGAUGUUCUGGGCCGAAUGGCACUGCCUGCGGCAGAAGCUUGAAUCGUGGAGGUUUGACACGGGGCGGCGACAAUCAUCAUCUCCUCAUCAUGCGACGACCUACAUCUCGCCACCGUCAUCUCCUCCGAGCCAAUCCAGGGUGGCGCCGCAACACCUGGACGAUGUGAUUCAUAUUUCAGAAUCAUUUCGCCACGCCGCGAUCCUCUACAGCGAGCGACUUGCUCAUCCCGAUCUGCCGUCUGGCCAUCCUCGUAUCCAGCGUAUUGUGCAACGGACAAUGACUCACAUUCUGGCCGUCCAGUGUGAUGCGUAUCUCCUGUGGCCGCUGUUCAUCACGGGCUCCGAGUGCGUGCUGUCCAGCCACCGGGCGAUCAUCCGGGAGCGGUGUCUGUAUCUCUCCAAGGAUUCCGGGUUCAUCAACAAUCUGACCUGUCUGGAGCUCCUGGAAAAGAUAUGGGCGGGAAGUCCUCCCGCGUCCGAGACUGGGGAUCCCUACGACCGCGGCGCAGCAGCAGGUCUCGGCAGCCAGGACCUGAAGUCAAACGCGGGCGUGGCGGACGAUAUGAGCCCUGGCGCCUUGGGCGGCUGGAGUGGUCUCUCUGCGGAGGUUCCGACGUCUCCCUCGCGCAGACAGGGAUUCCGGUGGCACGAGGUGAUGCAGGUCAAACGGGAGGAAGGCGAAUAUAUGAUCGUGUAA